AUUUCCUUCCGUCAUUCUAUAUCACAUUUUUCCUCCCCCUUUCUCUCUUGUCAUCAAACGAUUGCUCCUGCACCGUCCGCCUCAUCAUCAAAUAAUUCGUUCAGACUUCGUCUCUUCCACUAUGGAUAGGCUUUUUUGAAAUCAGAUUGACUUAAGUGAAUAUUGAGGUGGCCUUUUAGAGAGAAAACAAUGAAUAAAGGAGGAAGUGGGCCUACAGCAGCUGCGGCAGCUACAGCAGCUCAGAAGCAGAAGACUUUGAUGCAAAGAGUUGAAACUGAUAUUGCCAAUAUUGUUGACAAUUUUAGCCAACUUGUCAAUGCUGCCAGGGUGAAUGAUCCACCCGUUAGAAAUUCACAAGAGGCUUUCAUGAUGGAGAUGCGUGCAUCUAGGAUGGUUCAAGCUGCUGAUUCUUUACUUAAGUUGGUCUCUGAGUUAAAGCAAACUGCAAUAUUCUCAGGAUUUGCCUUUCUUAAUGACCAUGUAGAACAGAGAACAAAUGAGUUUAAUCAACAUGCAGAGAAAACAGACCGAAUUAUGGCUAGAAUCGGAGAAGAGGCAGCGGCUAGUCUCAAGGAGCUCGAAGCACAUUAUUAUUCGUCUGCCCAGAGAAGCUAAAUUUAGGCAUUAUGAGUUAGUGACAUGGGAAAUGUAGGAGCGUAUAUUGCUUUAGCUUUAUGAUAUAUUUGUGGAAAUAGAAGCUGGUUUUCAAAUUAAAUUGUGUCAACAAUUGAGAUUGGUUCUAUUGCGUUUACUAAA